AUGGAGGACAACAAACCAGAUUCUGCUGAGAAACUCUUGAAUAAAGGCCUUCUCUACUUUGACCAAGGAAACUAUCAGAAGGCAAAGGGGCUUUUGGAGAGAGCGUUGCAGAUACAAACGAAAGAGUUAGGUGAAGAUGAUCCUGCUGCUGUGGCCUUGACACUCAAUCACAUUGGAACUGUUCUGCGGGAGGAAGGAAGUUUUAAUGAAGCCAUGAAGAAAUACUUCAGAGCACUUGCGAUACGCGUAAAGAAAGUGGGAGAAAAACACAUUGGUACCGCAGAUAACUUCGAAGGCAUUGGCACAGUCUUUUUGAGACUAGGCAAAAACAAAAAAGCCGAAGAAAUGUUCCGCAAAGCGCUGGAUACCAAGCUCGAAAUUCUACCAAAGACUCAUUCGGAAGUCGCGACAUUGCAAGCACUGAGAUUGGAAGGACUGGCAUUGAAGAAGCAAGGCGAUUCGGAAAAGGCGAUUCAACUCUUCAGCAAGGCACUAGACAUUUACGAGAAAAUCUAUACUAACACUCAUCCCAAUCCGGCAGCAGUCUACAUGAGUAGUUCAGCUCUCUGCGUUGAUAUAGCAGCAGCCAAGGAGACAAUCUCGGCUGUCAAAGUGGAGGAGGGUCUGCUGGAAGAUGGCAUUGCUGCGAGCGCAGAAGCCCUCAAGAUUCGUCGAAGAAUGCUUGGGGAUGAUCAUAUCGACACGAAGGCGCGUUUGGAAGCGCAUAGAUCGUUGCUGAAUCGUCUCUUGGAGAAUCGGAUCUAA